AGCUAGGCAGAAUAAAAAUGGUCAUCCAAUAUUGGAGGACACUAGUGAUAACGGAGUCGAAAAGCUGGAGUGAUGUCCUGCAUAGCUAAGAUACCUAGCUUGUCAACUUCUGAUAAGCACUCUGAUCUUCUCGACGGGGACUUGACAACCCAAUAAACUUAGUCGAUCUGUCAGUAAUUAAUGGGACAGCCAAGUAACGUACUCGUAACUGCGAAAUGGAAAACCAAGCUCUCGAGAAAUAUUCUCCUAAUUUGUUGUUGAUAUCCCAGCACAAAACAAACUAAAUUUAUGCACAUCGGAAUGAAGCCUUGAUAUACUAUAGAAUUGAUUGAGUACUCUUCCUUGCUACUCCUCUCACUGAGCCAUUAGUGAAUACCAAAAAAUCGCCCGCAAAGCUUGGGUGUGUAAUAUCUAGUGCUUGCAACGAGGAUGAAAAUGAAUUUGACACUCACUAACAACCUUAGCAAGCAAACAAGAGAAAACUUCCAUUGACACAGUAAAAAGGUAGAGUGAUAGUGGAUCUUCCUGCCUAAUUACUUAUCCAACAGGGAAAUACCCACACAUACCUCCAUUAAAAGACACACUGAACAUAGGCGUAGACACACAAGGAAACCCCAUGCCUCGAAGAACUUCGAACAAAAAUUUCCAGCAAGCUGAAUCGAUAGCCUUCAUCAAAUCCACCUUAACAACACAUCAUGGUUGACAGUAGUUUUGAUAGUAAUCUUUCACAAGUUCCGUAGCCAUUAAGAUGUUUUCACUAAUCAGUAUACCAUUCACAAACGUUAAUUGAGCUACACCAAUAAGUUUAGGCAAUACUAAAGACAAUCUAUUUGCUAGUAAUUUAGAUAUGCCUUUACAUAUGACAUUGCAACAGGAAAUCAGUCGUGUAAAUUCUUGCAUUCUUUCAACAUUCUCAACCUUUGGGGAUAAAAAGAGAUAAAUAAAAAUAAAAAUGUAGGUGUCUCAAGUCAAUACUAAUAUUAACCUUAUGUACAAAAAGUAACUUUGUACACAAUUUUCUAUUAGUACACGGAAAAUAAAAAAUAUUUAAUCAUAAUUAUAUUACAAAGAAACCAAAAUGAAAUAAAUAAUAAUUACCAAACUCUAAAAAAGGGCGUGGUUGCUACGCGAUAAAGAGGCGCGUGUGGAAUAUGGGAGGAAAUUCGUCAUCCUAAUAGGAAAUCUUCCAACUAACCUCCUCUAGCUCCCAUGCAAAAUCCACACACAGUCUCUCUCACCACACUACCCACACAACAAACAAACGAAAACUCCUCUUCCUUCCCCCUUCCCUUCGUUUUCCAAUUUCCCUCCUCCACCGCCAACCGCCGCCGGCGCCGCUGCAUUCUUCCCGUCGCCACCACCACCACCAUUCCUUUUGCGUUCUUUCCAAAUUAAAGCCUUCUCUCCUUUCCUUUUCAUCAAUUCAGUCAUUUAAUCUUCUGCCUUCUAUAACUUCCCAAAAAAAUAAAAAACUGCCAUAAAUAAGCCAAACAGAAUCAUAAAAAGAGACGCCAGAAAGCGAAGAAGAAGAAGCAGAAGAGAAACGCAGCUUUCCCUCUCUCUCUCUCUCUCUCUCUCCGUCCCUUUCCGUCGACUCUCCCGCUCUCAAUUCGUCGCUAAACGUCACGUCACUGGCCAUUCUCCCCCGCGCUCGCGAUCGCUCGGCAUUUCGCUGAAUCCGAACGGAAUCGAUCGAGAAGAGGAAUUUCGAUCAUGGCGGCCGUGCCUGCAGCGACGGUUCCGACGACGGCGCUGUACGUCGGGGACCUGCACCCCGCCGUCGACGAGGACCAGCUGAAGGCCGCGUUCUCCGAAUUCGAGAGCGUCGCGUCCGUGCGCGUGUGCCGGGACUCCACCAACGGGAGGUCUCUCAGCUACGGUUACGUCAACUUCAUCUCUCCGCAAGACGCUAUGGAAGCCCUCGACGUGAUGAACCACACUCCACUGAAUGGGAAAGCGAUGAGGAUUAUGUGGUCAUCCCGCGAUCCUGAUGCUAGAAAGAGUGGAGUGGGAAAUGUGUUUGUCAAGAACUUGAGUGAAUCUGUCACUAGUGCUGCACUGCAAGAGCUGUUUGCUCAGUACGGAAAUGUUGUGUCUUGCAAAGUUGCGACGACUGAUGAUGGAAAGACUAAAGGCCAUGGCUUUGUUCAAUUUGAUAACGAGGAAUCUGCUCAUUCUGCUAUUGAAAAGCUCAAUGACACCAUGUUUCAUGAUAAGCAGAUGUAUGUCGCGAAGUUCAUUAAGAAAUGCGAUCGAGCUUUGGCCAGCCCUGAUGCUAAAUACACUAAUCUGUAUGUCAAGAACUUGGAGCUAGAUGUCACAGAAGAGGUUCUGCGUGAGAAAUUCUCCAAGUAUGGCACAGUGUCUAGCUUGGUAAUUGCUAGGGAUGACAAUGGAUCAUCUAGGGGUUUUGGUUUUGUGAAUUUUGAUAACCCAGAUGAUGCCAGGAGUGCUUUGGAAGCGAUGCAUGGGAUUGAACUUGGAUCAAAGAUCCUGUAUGUAGGAAGGGCACAGAAAAAAGCUGAGAGGGAGCAGAUUCUGCGUCGUCAGUUUGAAGAGAAACGCAAGGAACAGAUAUUGAAAUACAAGGGUUCAAAUGUGUAUGUUAAGAACAUAGACGACGAUGUCACUGAUGAAGAACUGAGAGAGCACUUCAGCCAAUGUGGCACAAUCACUUCCGCAAAGCUUAUGAGAGAUGAGAAAGGAGUGAGUAAGGGAUUUGGCUUUGUCUGCUUCUCCACUCCUGAGGAGGCAAACAAAGCGGUGAAUACAUUUCAAGGGUGCAUGUUUCACCGAAAGCCAUUGUAUGUAGCUAUUGCUCAAAGGAAGGAGGAUAGACAAAUACAAUUACAGAUGCAGUAUGCACAACGCAUGGUUGGGCUACCUGGACCUUCUACUGCUGUCAUGCCCGGUGGAUAUCAUCCGCUUUACUAUACUGCUCCACCCGGGCUCGUUUCACAAGUCCCUCCAAGGCCUGGACUUAUGUACCAGCCUAUGGGUAUUAGGCCUGGAUGGAGGCCUAAUGCCUUUGUUCCUCCAACCAGACCAACUUAUCAACCAGGCCAGCUUCCCAUGAUGCCUAAUGCUCAAAGGCAGCCAAGGCAAAACAGGGUUAGGAUGAAUGGUAACAUGCUUCCUCCUCAAGGCAUUGCCAACUCUGCUUCCUAUUUGCAACCUGGGUCUCCACCUCUGCCUUCACCGAAAGAUCAAAACAACCAGCGGGCUGCCCCAGUAAAGUACGUCCCAAAUGGUCGCUCACGCGAAUCAAGCAAGUCUCCUGGAGUCUCGUCGGCUGCUCCAAACUCUUCUGGGCCUGCGUCACAAGGAUCAGAAAUGCUGAGCACCAUGCUUGCUUCUUCUACCCCUGAGGAGCAGAAGCAGAUUCUAGGAGAGCAUCUUUACCCUCUUGUCCAGAAGCACAAGCCUGAUCUCGUGGCAAAGAUCACCGGAAUGCUGCUGGAGAUGGACAAUGCGGAGCUGCUUCUGCUACUGGAAUCUCCAGAAUCUCUGGCCGCCAAGGUGGAGGAAGCUGUGCAGGUGCUCAAGCUGUCCAAGAACAAAGUCCCCGGCGGUGGCCAGGAUAACAUGCAUUCCGGCUACCAUCUCUCCGCCGAGGUUGCUGUCAACUGAUACAAAAGAGGAUGACCUUUACUCUGCCAAUAUACUCGGUGAGGAUAUAGAGCACCAAAGUUUUGAUACUCAGGCGCCUUGUGGAUCCGCGAAAUCUUUCCCUUUUCUUUUUGUUUCUUCUUCAAGUUCUGGAUUUACCUUAGUGAGGGGAGACUUCAGGUUUUUACCAUUUUCUGUUUGCUGGAUUUUUGGUACAUUGGUAGCUUUCUUUGAUUAGUCAUCUGGAGACAGAACUCUCUUAUUUUUUUUCAGUAAUAGCAUGGACGAGGAUUUUGGACAACUUCUGCAUUUUUCUUUUCCAUUUAUUUUAGUUUUUAUACUUGGUCUGGCUGCUUAUGGGUUUUCCUUAUUUUUUCCCAAGUGUAGGUAAUAAUAGGUUACUGAAUUGUGAUUACUUCUACUUUCUGUGCAUAUAUGAAUUAUGAUAAAUCUCAUAGGUAAUAAAUAACUUUUCAUAUU